CAAUCACAAUAUCUCAGUACUUUUGUCUCUUUUCGCAACACUGGUAACACAAAAGAAAACUAAAUUCUUAAUUUCUCAACCUCACAAAUCUAGUAACUUUUUAACUUUUUAACCACCAUGGAGGAAGAAAUGCACUCAACAUUGCGUUCAUCUCCAUCAUUUGAAAUAUACAACAAAUCUCAUCUUCAUCAUGAAGAUCAUCAUUACAACAACAACAACGAUCCAGAACAAGUUUUGCAAAGAACCGUUUUGAGUUUAGAAACCAUUGGUAGUGAUGAGUUCACCUUUGAAAGAGCCAAAAUGGAUUUGAUUGAAGAAUCUGAGAAUGAGGUUGAGAAUGAUUGGUCAACUGAGAUUCAGAACUUGAGCAUUGAUGAUGAUGAUGAUGAAGAUGUUCAACCUUCUACUCCUCCUAUGUAUCUUGCAACAGGACUUGGAGUUGAUGCUGCUGAAGUUGUUGAAUCUGAUAAUAAUGAUAUGUUGUUUGUUCCCAAUUUGCGAGAAAGUGAGGAUCUUGAUGAGUAUUACAAGAGAAUGGUUCAUGAGUAUCCCUCUCACCCUUUGAUUCUGAAAAAAUAUGCACAGUUUUUACAAGGUAAGGGGGAACUUCAAGAUGCAGAGGAGUACUUUCAUAGCGCUACUCAAGCUGAUCCUAAUGAUGGUGAAAUCUUGAUGCAUUAUGCGAAACUGGUGUGGGAGAAUCAUCGCGACAUAGAUAGAGCAUCGGUCUAUUUUGAACGUGCAGCUCAAGCUUCACCUCAAGACAGCGAUGUUCUUGCAGCAUAUGUGAGUUUUCUCUGGGAAACCGAAGAUGAUGAGAAUGAAGAUGGGAAUCGUCAAACUCAGAAUGACAUGGAAAAACAAGAGCCGGUACCUGUCAAGACCUCAAAAGAAGAAAACGGUGUAGAAAAUCUUACAACAGCUAGUUUAAAUGAAGACAUUAAUGAUGCAGAUUAUUUGAAGAAGAUGAUUGAUGAGAAUCCUAAAAAUCCUUUGUUUCUGAAAAAGUAUGCUCAAUUUCUGUUUCAGUCAAAGAGAGAUCUUGAAGCAGCAGAGGGUUACUACUCAAGAGCAGUCUCGGCCGAUCCCAGCAACGGUGAAACCAUAUCAGAAUAUGCUAAGCUACAGUGGGAACUGCAUCAUGAUCAGGAAAAAGCCUUGUCUUUGUUUGAACAAGCAGUUCAGGCUACCCCUGAAGAUAGCAAUGUUCUUGCAGCAUAUACAUGCUUUCUUUGGGAGACAGAAGACGGCGAAAGCUGAAUUCAAAAGCAGAGUCGGGUUCAAUAGAUCUUCUGCUGGAAAAUGCCAUGACAUGACUGUUGCUACUUUUCAAGACAGGUUGCUUGAACAAACGCAGAUAAUUAGAGGAAGCAGUAAAAUUAACUCAUCUAUAGCUUCAAGAAAGCCAUAAUGUGUUUUUUUUAUUUGCUGAUUUUUUUUCUUUUUUCUAGAAUAACAAAGCUAACUACAAUCUCUUGACUCUUGGCAUAUAUCAUUACUUUUGUGUGGUGAAAGUUGAAAAAAUUUCACCAUAAAUUUACCAUCAAAUGUUCUAAAUAAUAGGAUAAGGUCAGAACUACUAACUUAUGAUAUUAAAGUUGCACUAAUAAAAGUAUUGAAUUGGGAUUUUAUAUAA